AUGCCGAGUUCUUUGAACAUUUGGUUCGUUCUGGUGGUUUCAAUCUCUGUGCUUAUAUCAUGGACUAGUCUAAUAGGGGAAGGUGGCAAAUCCUCUGCUCCCUCUGCUCCUGGGUUUUCCUCUGUAAGUUUGGCUUCUUCCCAUGUUGAAUCCAGCUUGGAGUACGAUUUCUACCGCCAGACUUGCCCACAAGCCGAGGCCAUCGUGAGGUCUUCGAUGGCUCGCAUUUAUUCUGAGCACCAGGAUGUCUCACCGGCUCUACUGCGUCUCUUUUUCCUUGACUGCUUCAUUGAGGGCUGUGAUGCUUCGGUCCUCUUGGAUGACAGCAAUGGUGAUAAAAACCGUUCCAUUGAGAGGCAGGCUAUACCCAAUAAGACAUUGAAGGGUUUUGAUCAGAUUGAUUUGAUCAAGGAGGAGCUCGAAAAAGCUUGUCCAGGGGUUGUUUCUUGUGCUGAUACUGUUUCUAUUGCCACUAGAGAUGGCAUAGUUCUGGCUGGUGGCCCCUUUUAUCCAGUGCUAACAGGCCGGAGGGAUAGCAGUCAUUCAUACUACGACGAAGCACUGGCCGAGAUUCCACGACCGGAUGAUAAUGUGACACAGACACUUCACCUGUUUGCCCUCAGAGGUUUUGAUGAAAGAGAAACAGUCAGUCUUCUAGGAGGACACAACAUUGGGAAAAUUGGGUGUGAAUUAAUAGAGAAGCGCCUCUCUGACUUCAAGGAGACAGGGCAGCCAGACCCAAUGAUAGCUCCUGAUUUCCUGACUGAAAUGAGACUCAAGUGCCAAGACAGUAGUAGUAAUAGCACCACACUAUUACCGGGGAUGUCAUACUUGCAGACAUUAUCAUCUUCAAUAUCAUCUGGGGCAGGUUUUGGCACUCACUAUUACCGGAGCCUGUUAAUGGGGAGGGGACUCCUCUUUGCUGAUCAACAGCUGAUGGCUGAAGAGAAGACGGCGAGACUGGUAAGAGCUUAUGCUUCAGACGAUGGAUCAACUUUUAGAAUGGACUUUGGCCGGGCAUUGAUGAAGAUGUCAAGCCUUGGUGUUCUCACUGGAUCGAAAGGUCAGGUCAGACGGAAUUGCUCCAUGCCUGUUUUCACUUUUUAAGUGACACUCACUCUUGGAAUCUUCUUGAUUUCAUGCCAUCUAUGUCACAGAAAUUCUGUAUUGUAUAUAAAGAGCAAUGAAGAGUAGGAGGCUACGGUGACAAUAAUGAAUCUGAUUGUAACAAGUGCAUAUAGAUAUAAG